AUGUGACAAAGAAAAAGGAUUGUGGGUUGAAAGCCCAAAAGAAAGAGAGGGUUGCAAAGAGGUUGCAGGUAUAACUUUAACUUGUUCUGAGUUUCCGAUGAGAUGAUCUCUGCCUCUCUCCUCCACCGGUAAGAGCAUCGACAUCAACGCUCAUAUAGGAUAAAAAAGAUUGUUCUAAGGGUAGAGACUUAGAAAUCGGACUCCUGAGUAUUUGAUUUCAUCAUUUCGUGAGAGAGAUAGAGACAAGAAGACAAUGUUGAAAAGAGAUUGCUCGAGUGUUGUUGGAUCGGAAAGAGAGAGAGAUGGCUCCAGUUUGGCUUUGAAAAGACAUUGCUCUAGUGUGGUGAAAUUGCUGCUACCACACGAUGUUGUUGGGCUCAUCCUCGAGAGACUUCCUGUGGAGUCUCUGCUGAGAUUCAAGUGCGUAUCCAACCAGUGGAAAUCCACAAUCGAGUCCCAGUGUUUUCAAGAACGACAGUUGAUCCGUCGUAUGGAGUCCCGAGGUCCUGAUGUUCUUGUAGUGUCCUUUGCUGAUGAUGAAGAUAAGUAUGGGAGAAAAGCUGUGUUUGGUUCGUCCAUAGUUUCUACGUUCAGAUUCCCUACUCUGCACACCUUGAUCUGCUAUGGUAGUUGUGAAGGUCUGAUAUGCAUCUACUGUGUUUACUCACCGAAUAUCGUGGUGAAUCCCGCCACUAAAUGGCAUCGAAGUUGUCCUCUUUCCAACUUGCAACAGUUCCUCGACGACAAAUUUGAAAAGAAAGAGUAUGACUUCCCAACUCCUAAACUUGCAUUCGGUAAAGACAAACUCAAUGGCACAUAUAAGCAGGUUUGGUUAUAUAAUUCAUCCGAGUUUCGCCUCGACGACGUUACAACUUGUGAAGUUUUCGAUUUUAGCAACAAUGCUUGGAGGUACGUUCACCCUGCUUCUCCUUAUCGGAUAAAUGAUUACCAAGAUCCCGUGUAUUCUGAUGGAUCAGUUCAUUGGCUCACCGAGGGUAAAGAAUCCAAGAUUUUAUCUUUCCAUCUUCACACUGAAACUUUUCAAGUCUUAUGUGAAGCUCCCUUCCUCCGUGAACGUGACCCUGUUGGCGACUCCAUGUGCAUCCUCGAUAAUCGCUUGUGCGUUUCUGAGAUAAACGGUCCUGCCCAACUGAUAUGGUCCUUGGAUUCUUCAGGCGGCAACAAGUGUUAGAGUAAAAUUCUUUUAGAGCUACCCAUUGGCUCCAAUAGCAAUCAUGGACGGGAAUAAGCUAUUGCUUCAAGGUCGAAAUAGCUGGGGACAUCGGGUGAUAUAUGAUCUCCAUGACAAAUCUUAUGAUUUACUCUUUGACCCUUCAACCGGAUAUGCUGUUUAUUAUUACCAAAGCUUAUUCUCUGCUUAAUUUGUCUUUCUUUUCGUUCUACCAAUGAUGAACCUUUGUAAUUUAACAUUUUCUGCAUUUUUAGCUUCUUCUCGGAUUUUCUUUGUUGAUCUCAGCAUUUUUAGAUUUUUGUCUAAAUAUAUUUUUGUUGGUGGUACUUA